GGGUGCUGAACGGCGGCGGCGGCGGCGCGCGCAGGAAAUAUUUUAAACAUGGCAGAAGCUAAAAACUUCCAUCUGGGAGCAGCAUGUGGUCUCACCUUGUUCUUUGUCCUCAUCUGUUGUGCUGAUGCAGCUUCCUUCCAGCAGUAUCAGCUGCUCCAGAAAGACCCAGACUAUGUAAUGAAAAACUUGCAAAGGCUCCCAAACCCUGAUAUGAUCAAAGCCUUGGAAUACAUAGAAGAUCUUCGCAAGCAAACCAACAAGGGAGAAGGCAGCCCUGAUUACAACUCUUAUCAAAGCGCUCCGUAUCUCUUGCAGCAGAAGGAGAGCAAAGACCAGAUUCACCUACCAGACAAUAUGCGGGAUUCAUUAACCGAAGAUGAGUCUCAGUGGGUUAAAAUGAUGUUGGAGGCCUUGAGGCAAGCUGAGAAAGAGUCAAAAGCUGGCCCAAAGGAGAAUAAACCUUAUGGUCUGAGUUCAGAUAAUCCAGCUGGAGUAACUGAUGAUUAUGAGGCUUACAAGUGGCCUGAGCGGUGGCAGAAAUACCUCAAGAUGCCACUUGGGCACUAUGAAGAGAGUUCAAGAGACAGCCCUUUCAAGCGUACCAAUGAGAUAGUGGAAGAGCAAUACACACCCCAGAGUCUUGCUACGUUGGAGUCUGUGUUUCAGGAGCUGGGGAAGAUGGCGGGACCGAGCAGUCACAAGAAAGAGAGGCUGGAUGAGGACCAGAAACUGUAUGCAGAUGAUGAAGAUGAUGUGUAUAAAGUGAAUAACAUCGCUUAUGAAGAUGUAGUUGGAGGAGAAGACUGGAAUCCUAUAGAGGAAAAAGUGGAAAGCCAAACCCAGGAAGAGAUAAAAGACAGCAAAGAGGAAAUUGAUAAACAUGAAGAGGAGAUUGAUGAUGAAAUGAAAAGGUCAGGGAAACUCGGCUUCCUUGAGGAUGAAAUGAGAAGGGAGAAUAAAGAUCAAGCAUCAGAGGAUGUUUCAAAGCUAAUGAAUUACUACCUCAAGAGGCUGGUGGGAAGUGCUGGCAACCGGAAAUUAAGGACUGGAGAACCUGAGGAAAAAAGAGCAGCUACCUUUUUGGAUAAGCAACUUGAUCCUCAGUCUAUAGCUCAGUUAAUAGAAAUUUCAAGGAAUUUACAAAUUCCUCCCGAGGAUUUAAUAGACAUGCUGAAAGCUGGAGAAAAGAAGCAGCUUCAGAGCGAAAGGUUGGAAGCUGAGCAGGAAGUAGGAUUCCCAGAAGACCUGGAGGAGAUGUCCGAAACUAAUCUAGGACAGAGUGAUAUAUUUAAAAAUAAUGUAAACUCUAAAAAUGGAUACAUGAAGCAGCAGCCUCUUAACGUUAUUCCAGAAAACCUGCCCGAAGACCUCAAUAUUGAAGAUAUUGUCAGUCUUCUGGGAACUGACAACUUAGCUAAUGAGAACCCCUCCUACUUACUAAGUCGUCUCAACCAAGAAAAUGGUUUGCCGAGACUGCCUUACCUUCCCAGAAGAUUGAAAGGGCACCAGUUUCCUAAAGCUGCUUGGCUUAACGAUCUGGAAAGGCGACAAAUGGAAUAUGAGAAACUGAACGAGAAAGAUGAAGAGCUGGCCGAUUACUUGGCAAAGAUGUUGGCAAAAUAUCCCGAAGUUAUCAACACAAACCAGAUGAAGCGAGCUCCAGUUCCAGCUGCUGAAAAUGACCUUCAGGAAGAUGAGCAGCUGGAGCAAGCCCUGCGAGAGCACUUGAGCCAGCUGGGACCACAGGAAUCGGCGAAGCUGGCGGCGCUCAGCAAGCGGUUGUCCAUGGCCGGGGAGCCCGAUGACACCCAGAACAGGCAGUACCUGGAUGAGGAUAUGCUAGCAAAGGUGCUAGAGUAUCUAAAACAGGAGAAAUCAGAGCUUGAAAGAGAUCACAUUGCUAAACGGGCCAUGGAAAAUAUGUAAUCGUUUCCCAGAUAUUAUUUCUCUUCGAUGUGUUGACUUCUAUCCUGAUUCGGUUGUGAUUUAUUCCCCUCUCUCCCACUAAACAACUUACGGUAGACUAUUUACCAUUGAACAGUCUGCAUAUCUUUCUCAGAGCUGUUAUAUUGUUUAUGGAUAUACUUAUGUAUGUUAUAAAUUAUGGGGCAAAUAAAUUGCUUCACGUGUUUUAAGAAACAAUCUAAUGAAAUCAAGUAAAACUAGAAAAUGUACAAGAACAACCUUUGCAUUGUUAAUAAAACAUGAUAAAUGAAGAGUGAUAACUAUCAUAUGAAAUUUUUAAAAUUAAUUGGAUUAUUUUGUUACUGUCUGUAGUGUUUUUUUGUGGAGUAUCAAAUAAAAGAAUAAAGCAUUAUAUAUAUAUAGUUUU